AUGGGUACAGCAGUCCGGAUUUACGACCGUGCCCGGCCGAUACGAGAACGGCCUCUUCCGCGGCGCGUCACAGUCCAUCUCGACCGUCCGAUUCUCCCCGUUCUCGCAGCGAGAGGCGCAGGCGGUGAUCCUGCACGCGCACGUUGCGUGGAAGCUUCUAUACUCCACGCUCCGUCGCCCGGCCAAUCUCGACCGCACCGCCACGAUGGUGCGACGCCCGAGCCGCGUGAGCCUGCCAUCGCCGCAACCGCAACCCCCAGCAAACUCCGCGAGCGCCGCAAACUCCGCGACCGCCGCAAACUCCGCGAGCGCCGCGAACAACGCGGAGACUCAACCUCCAGACGAGAAUUCAGAGGACGAGAAUCAACUGAGCGCUUCGCCGUCACCUGCCUCAAUCCCGAGUUUCUCCAGAAGCGGCGCUAG